CCUGUAUCACUUCCUCAAGAGUGGACUUCAACCAUUCAUUAUCAUCCAACUCAAGUGAACUUUGACCCCCUGGAUCUGCUGCUACACUGAGGAAUAAUAGCUCCAGUGAGAAAACGAUCUGUUUAAAUGUUUCAUGUUUCAGCUAGAUGACAUUUUCUGUUGAUAUGAGGUCCUGUGGAUAAAUGAGGGAAAGCUUUACAACAUUUGGUGGAAGAUGACGCAGAACAUGUUCCAGGAGGGGUUGCACCAGGUAUUUUUUAAGGAGACACCCUCAACUCGCCCACUGAGCCAGGUUACCAAUCAUAGUGAGCUAAUCAAUGGCAGGAUUCAUCGUUGGUUUGGGACUGUGGUUAAUACCAGACUUUUAGUCACUGGGGUGGUGCAGAUCUUCAGUGCCUUAGCUUGCAUACUAGCCACAGUCACCCAUUCAUGUGUGAGCUACAACUGCUCUGUCUCCAUGACAACACCCGUGUGGUCAGGCCUAUUUUAUGUGGCUGCUGGGUGUCUGGCAAUGGAGGUUCAGAGGAAAGCUAAUAAAUUAAAGAUCAUCACUCUGAUGGGUCUGAACCUCUUUAGUCUACUGUUUGGCUUCUCUGCUCUCCUGGCCGACAGCCUCAGGUCUACGCUGCCUGUCGCACUCAACACACACCAACAGCAUGUUGGUUCAUAUGUUGCAAAGGGGAGCUCCAUAGCGUUUACUGUACAGUGUUUUCUGGCAUCAGUCUACAUACUUUUCCUGUCGCUGAGAGGACUGCGUCGCUACAGUCCUCCACAGAUUCAGACCUACAGCCGCCUCGCACAGGAUCCUGAUGAAACCAAUGGGCCUCUACUGGAACAGGUGGAAUUCAGUCUGUGAAACUCAAAGACCCACUCCAGCUUGCACAGCGUAAACUCAGUUACUGUUGUUGAUCAGGGUCUGUAUGGUUUGUAUAAACAGUUUGUGCAAUCCUGAUUGAGGAAAUUGUUUUAGAUAUUGUGAAAUCAUAUCAUGCCACGAUGUAUCACAGUAUCACUUCUCCUUUGAGAUUCCCAAAAACCUAAAAUUCACCAUAAACAAAGUGCAACAGCAAAGUUAGCAUUUUAAAGUAAUUGUGUAUAUCACACACAACAAUGACUUAUGCAAUCAAACAAAUAAAUGCAUGUUUUUAACAGCUGAGCAAUCUCAUUAUCUUACAUUGUUAAAAUGCAUUACGGUUUUCCAAUUUUCCCCAUUUUCAUAGAUGCUGCUCUGUGGUCAGCACUAGAGGGCAGCAUUGCCAGUGUUCUGUCGUGUUGUACAGCCCCAUCCACAAAUCGACUCCCUGUUUAGUGUAAGACUAGUUGAUGAAAUUGUAUCACAUCAGUUGCAAAAUAUAAAAAUCAGCAAGAGUUGUCUGCUGACUGCACACCAAAGCAUAUAGGUGCUGGACAGGGCAAUGACAUAUAUUGGAAAGAAGAUGGCCGCACACUAAGCUGCAUUGAUUUAACUACACAUGUUUGGACCACACUUGGUGUCAAAGGAAUUCACUGUUUUAAUCUAAUGAGCAUUGAGUAUAAAUAAAUGUUCUGUUUUGAUAAGCUUG